GAUAUCCCGGGACAAAACUUAACCAAUGAAGAUCUUCGUUACAGAAUUCCGUAGCAGCCAUUUUGCCCAGGAAUGGAACUGUAGCCGGAGGCAGGGCAGCGACAAGAAAUCGGACAUGUGUCAGAACUGCGUCAACAACGUCUUUCCAGAUAGGGGCCACACCUGCCUGGAGAAUGGGUCCUAUCUGAUGAACUUUGCAUCCUGUGCCCAGUGUAAUAAGAAAGAGAUGAUCAAGAUCCACAACAAAGAGGAGACGGAGGAGGACCAAGAACAAGUCAUCACAUACCAACAUGUGUGCCAGAACUGUGACCAUGUGAUAGCAGAACAUGAGUACAGAUUUUGUGUGGAGGAUGGCUAUCAGGAGUAUCAGAUGACAUGUCUACUAUGUGGGUCAGGAGAGGAUUCCAUCAGCAUUCUACCAGAUGAUCCCAGAAAGGAGAUGGACUUGUUUUAAUUGGUGUAAAGGAAUAUAUAAAGCAUACAUCUACUUUUAGCAGAUUUAGUCAUUCAUUUGUCCAUUCAUCCAUGGAUGCUGAAAACAAGUCACUUAUUUUUCCAUCUGUUUAAUUUGCAAAUUCUGAUAAGUAGUGGUAGAUAUCAAUGUUGGUAGGUACAUUAGUGACCUUCUGAAGUGUAUAAUUGCAAAAAUUGGUUAAAAAAAGUAACUAUUGAAAAGUAUUAGAUGUAUAUCAGUAUGUGUGUCCAGUAUUAUGACACAAGUCCGUUGAAGGAAAACGCAACUAUUUUGUGGUAUCUAAUGCAGUUUUGACUUUGACUAUGUACUUCCAGAACUUGCAAGGUCAUUUAAAAUGAAAUACAUGACAUGAUAUCCUCUGACAAGACUGUGCUUGUUUUAAUUCAACAAUGUACACCACCUUUCACUGCAAUUUAUAUUUCUAUAUGAGAAAAG